AUGCCGAAGCGAAUGAGCUUGGACCUGUUGAUUUUUAACUUAGCUGUUGUUCUUAAAGAUUCACUGUUUGAAAAUCAAACUCACGAAAAUUUCGAAGCUUCUUUCGCACCAAAAGCUCGCGUUACACUACAUUUGGAUCGAGUUAAUAGGAAAUUGUGUCCAAAACUAAGGUAUUUUGUUGUAUUUUCAUCAGUAUCCUGUGGUCGUGGGAAUCCGGGUCAAAGCAACUACGGUAUGGCAAACUCUGUUAUGGAAAGGAUAUGUGAGAAUCGAAAACGAGAAGGAUUGCCAGCUGUGGCCAUCCAAUGGGGCGCAAUCGGUGAAGUUGGUUUGGUAGCAAAAAUGCAAAAGGAGAAUAAGGAAUUAGUGAUUGGUGGUACUCUUCAACAAAAGAUUUCAAGCUGUCUUGAGGUGUUAGAUGUUCUAUUAAAACUAGAAGCGGUUGCCCAGGUGUUGGGAAUCAAAGACAUGAAAACCAUAAGCCGGUAUACGAUAUUCGCAGAACUCGGUAUGGAUUCGAUGAGGGUUACAGAGAUUGUUCAACUUUUAGAGAAAGAUUUUGAAAUUUACGUAACAUCUAAAGGUGUGAGAAACUUAACAUUUGCAAAACUGACUGAAAUAGAGGCUGAGAAAAUGGGUAAAUCUGAAGAAGUUGUUAGCCAGAAAUUAAGCAAAAACUUUCUCAUUCAAUUUAUUCCCGAGAGAGAAAUUAUUCAGUUGCCAACUGUUAAAUUGAUUAGCCGAGUGGAUUCACAAGGGGAAGCUCCAACUGUAUUAGUGUUACCAGGAGUAGAAGGUGUCUUCAAACCACUAGAAUUUUUGACAAAUUCAUUUGGAGUACAGUACAACUAUAACAAAUCCGAGAACAAUAUUGAAGAAAUUGCACAUAAUACGCUACCGCACAUCGAAACUUAUUUGUCCAAAAAAAUCCCCUUCUACAUUAUUGGAUAUUCUUUUGUAACUCUAGUCGGUUUAGAAAUGAUCAGUUUACUAGAAGAGAAGGGGUACAAUGGUAUCGUGAUUUUGAUCGACGGUUCACCAGCAUAUGUAACUUCUUCUUUAAAAACACAAUUCGCGCACGAAACAGAAGUCCAGUUCCAAACUGCGAUUUUGACCAAAGUUUCUUCUUUUGUGAUUUCGUUUGAUGUAUUUACGCAAUAUGAGGAAGCGUUGCUGAAGUCCAAAGAUUUUGACGAACGAAUGGAUUUGUUUUUCAGUUUGAUACCUCCUGAAACAAGGAACAAACAAAAGUUAGAAAAGCAGGCAGGGGUUGCGGUGUACAACCGUCUUAAGGCUGCACUUAACUAUACGUUUAAAAAUAAGAACAUUAAAUCGACUGUACAUCUGUUCAAGGCAAAAUAUCCCAUGGUUGACGAAGAAGAUGAUUAUCAGUUAUCAAAUGUGUGUGAUAACUAG